UAUGAAGCUGAGCUGCCUCCCUUCCCAGAGGGAUACAAAAUCAAACAAGAAGCCGUGAUUACCGUUUCACCAAUGGAAGAAACACUUUUCCGUGGCUUCAGUGCAGAGCACCGUUACCCAUUUCCUCAAUGGGCCACAGACUCACACAUACCUUGCACUCAAAUCAAAUUGGAAACAAUUGAUCCCAAAACCUGUUCCCCCAAAGAAUAUUUGGAAACGUUCAUCUUUCCAGUUCUGCUUCCCGGUAUAGCGAGCCUGCUUCACCAGGCAAAGAAAGAAAAAUGUUUUGAGAGGAAAAGGACCAAAUUCAUUGCCUGUGAUUUUCUGACGGAGUGGUUAUACAAUCAAAAUCCAAAGAGGACAGGGGAGCCGUUCACAGAUUUCUUCUCCAUUCCCUUUGUGGAGCAGUGGCUAAAGCAACACCCGCGGCCGCCCAUCCCACUGUCCCUGCUGCUGACCGAAGAGGAGGCGGCACUGAGCAUCCAGUCCUUCUGGAGAGCCUACCUGUUUACCGUUAUUAUAAUGUAUGCUGCAAUGCAUAUCUUUGUGCAGCCAUUUUUGCACAUUGUCAGCUUGUUUACCUAGAAGGAAUUCUAGAACUGAAAUUUCCUCGUCAAAGCUCCUGAUCCGGAUUGUCAUGUGGCCCUUCAGGAAGGAAGUACUUUUUAAAAUUCUUACCAAAUACAAAUGAGAAUAUAGCUCAUGCCAAGAAGUGUACAACGUCUUUGAUUAGUUGGCACUUAGAGUGUCGAUGUUAAGAAGCUCCUAGGCGCGCGGACGGGAAGGCGGGAGAGGAGAAG